AUGGUAACUCAGCAUACGACUUCUUGCCUUCCAUACAAAUUACAGCUGUCCCCAGAGCGAGGUGGCUAUAUAACGGCGAUAAAACCUUUGUUCUUGGCCGCGCGGCGGCGAGCCUUUGAUUCCAGCCGCCGCGCGGCCAGGCCGCGGCAAGCUAUCGAUGAGUGCGCGUGUGUUUAUUCAGUGUCGGCGGAGUUACCGGAUUAUUUCGAUGAACAGAUUGUAAACUCACUAAUAAUGGCGUUAACGGCGGCCGAAAAGCAGAAAAGGUUCCGUGAAAAAUUAAAAAAAAAUCCCGAAAAAUAUGAGGAGGCGAAACGAUGUCCUUAAAUUUAUGAGCCGUUUUUGUGAGGUAACAAUAUGUGAUUGAUUUUAUUUGAAUGAUUAUUUUAUGGUAACAGUAAAAGAUGAUUAAUUACUUCAAUUUCAGAGAAAAGUGUGAUUUUAUUUUAAGUUUUUAAAUAAGUACAGAGAAAAUUAACAAUAUGUAUGACUCGUUAGUAACUCAGCAUACAUAUUUCUCAUAUUUUAAGGCCUAAGUUUUAAAAUUAUAUACAAAUGCUGUAUACCAAACUAUUUGAUUUUGCA